AUGAACCUGACAGAUUUUAACCAGUCUGAUCGCUGUGAGCAUUUCUCCUGUCCAGAGAGAUCUGUAUCUCCUGCAGUUUAUAUCUUACUGUACGUGUGUUCAGCUGCUGUGGUUCUGCUAACAGUGUGUGGAAAUCUGCUGGUCAUCAUCUCUGUUCUUCACUUCAAGCAGCUUCACACACCAACCAACACGCUGGUGCUCUCUCUGGCUGUGUCGGAUUUCUUUGUCGGUGCUUUUGUAAUGCCGGCAAUGUUAAUCUGGACGAUCGAGUCAUGCUGGAUUUUUGGGAGAGAUUUCUGCACAGUUUUUUGGUUGUUUGCUGGUUUCAUCACAGUCUUAUCAGUCUAUAAUAUCGCUCUGAUUGCUGUGGAUCGGUACCUGGCUCUCUCAAACCCCUUUCUCUACAUGAACAGAGUCUCAGUGAGGAUCACUCGUGUUAUAAUUGUAUUUUCCUGGUGUGUGGUGGGGGUCUAUAAUUUAGCAGUAACUUAUUUCAAUGGAAGCAUCAUGAAUUUUCUUUUGUGUCCUGGAGAGUGUUUUAUCAUUCUGAAUGAGGUUUGGACUGUAAUUGAUCUUGUAUUUUCAUUUAUAUUUCCACUUUCUGUCAUAAUCAUAUUGUAUACUCAGGUUUUUGUGAUUGUUAAGAAACAUGCCACUGCUAUCAGAGAGCUUAAUAAUCACACACAGCCUAAAACACAGAAAAUCACCUCACACUCCAUGAAAUCUGAGAGAAAAGCAGCUAAAGUCCUCGGCAUUUUAGUGUCUGUGUUUCUGGUGUGUUUACUUCCAUAUUUUAUUUACAGUCUAUUAGGUUAUGUUAAUGAACUACAGAUAGAAACAAUUCAAACUGUCGCAAUCUUGUUUUGUCUUAAUUCAACCAUUAAUCCAGUUAUUUAUGCUCUGUUUUAUCCGUGGUUUAGGAGGUGCAUUAGAUUAACUAUAACUCUGCAAAUAUUCCAGACAGACUCUGCAUUAAUCAGUGUUCUUUUAUGA